UUCAGCCAGAUUAUUCUUUUAAACCCUGACUUCACAGUCUUUCCUAAGACACUUAAUUAGACUCUUAAUAACAUUAACUAUAUUUUUGCUUCUGUGUCAGAUUAUUGGUAAGUGGUGGUUCCCAGGCAUACCCAAAUUUCCUUGUUCCAUUGUCAAUUGGACAUUAAAGAUUCAAUAAUAUUUAUGAUUCAUAAUGUUAUGAAUAUGUUUCAUUUUUCAUUGACCAUUAAUUGCGACCACUUACAAAAUGUUACACACUUUACCCACCUUGCCUGCAGGUGAUUGUCGGAGAGACCGGUGACACCUGUGCUCGGCAGCCUCGCUUCCGUUAGUGUGCCCGAGGGCAGCUGUGGCUACGCUGUAGCUCAUCUUCACCGGCAUGUGAGUGGGUGGAUGACUGUGUUGUGAAGUGCUUUGGGGAAAACUCUAAGAAGGUGCUUUCCAAAUACAGGCCAUUUACUGUCUAAACAGGGAUGUCCGCUGUUAUCAGUAUCUGCCGAUAUCAUUACCUACAAUUAAUAUUGGUAUUGGUUUUCAAGUUUUUAAUGACACAACCUUUACACAAUGUUCACAUAUUAUAGCCUGGCCAGCCAGGCCCAUGCUUUCUUAUGGGAAGCAUGGGCUGGGAACUCUACUAUUCAAAUAACCCCACCCCUAAGAAUUCUAACCGAGCCAGUUAGCGCUGAGCAACGUAUGCCACACACUGGGAUGCUCAGUUUCUCAUAAAACACGAAGAUGGUGUCUGAAGCUGAGUUUGUUAUUUUUGACCUGGCUUGUUCCGACCUUAAUGUGCCUCUCUGCUUGUGAGUAACCAGACUAGUUCUCUAUGUAGAAAUAAAUAGAGGACGACACAUAUCAUACAUCCAACUAUGCAGCUAUUUCUUCUCUCUCACAAAAUAUAACAAAUCUGGGGUACAGUUUUUAAAAUAUUUUAGUUUAUUUAGCACAACAUGCAAAGUAGAAAUUUGCCCUGUGCAGUGAACAUACGUUUUCUUCACAGCAUGUAGCUGUAUGUAACUAGACAGCUAACAAACAACUAAACAAAAAAGAGAAUUUUCACCCAAAGCUUGAUUUUCUCAUCUGAAAAUGUUAAUAUAUUUUUCACUGCCAUAUAUAUGGUUCCCCUGAUUGAUCUAAAACUUGGUCAUUUAUUCUCUGCUGUCAAGACGAACUUAAGGAAUUUGGGUGUUAUUUUUGACCAAUCAAUGUCCCUUGAAGGUCACUCAAAACCAUUGGUCCGAAACAGUUUUUAUCACUUAAGAAAUAUCUCCAAACUGAGAAGGCUGGUGUCAAAACAUGAGCUUGAAGUGGUUCUCCAUGCCUUUAUCUCCUCCCGUUUAGAUUACUGUAACACACGUUUCUCAUGUUUUAACAAAAAAAGCCCUUGACCUCUUUCAGUUGGUCCAGAACUCUGCAGCAAGGCUCCUAACUGGAGCAAACAGAAGAGCACACAUCACUCCUAUUAUAAUGUCUCUGCACUGGUUACCCGCUAACUUAGAGUUCAUUUUAGAAUCCUGACUAACUUUCAAUGCUCUACAUGAUCAAGCUCCUCCCUGUAUUACUGCUAUUGCUGGACCUGACUGCAGCCUUUGACACUGUUGACCAUCACCUGCUACUGGAGAGGCUGAGAGACUGGGUAGGCCUAUCAGGAACUGCUCUGGAGUAGUUCUCCUCUUAUCUUUCUGAGCAUUCCUUUUCUGUGGCAGUUUCCAAGUUUAGGUCCUCCACCACCUCCCUUGCCCAUGGUGUCCCACAAGGUUCUGUGCUGGGGCCUCUGCUCUUCCUCCUCUAUCUGCUUCCUCUUCAGCACAUGCUGAGCUCCUUCAAAGGAAUCUCCUACCAUCUUUAUGCAGAUGUCAUCCAACUGUACAUCUCCUUUAAGCCCCAUGAGAUGUCUAAGCUGCAGCUGUUACACACCUGCUUAGACUCUAUUAAAACCUGGAUGGCUGGGAGCUUAUAACAGCUGAAUGAAGACUGAGAUCCUCAUCUGUGACCCAGACAAGUUGGUUCCCAAAGUCAGAGACUCUCUUGGUCAGCUUGCUUCUCACACCAAACCUUCAGUCAGCAAUCUUGGCGUGACCUUUGACCCAGCUCUCACCCUGGAUUCUCAUGUCAGUUCUCUUGUUCGCUCUUCCUUCUUCCAUCUCAGGAACAUUGCAAAGCUGAGUCCCAUUCUGUCCCGCUCUGAACUUGAGACAGAUAUCCACACCUUCAUCUCCUCACGCUUAGUCUACUGUAACUCUCUUUUCACGUGUCUGAGCAGAACCUCCCUGAACUGUCUACAGGUGGUUCAGAAUGCCUGUGCUCUGCUUCUGACGAAGUCCUCCAAACACACCCACAUCACCCCACUUCUUCUCCAGCUUCACUGGCUGCCAGUCAACUUCAGAGUUCAUUUCAAGAUCCUGGUUCUGGUCUACAGGGCCUUACAUGAACAAGCACCAUCUUACAUUGGUGAUCUUCUUAGUCCCUACACCCCCAGCAGGUCCCUGAGGUCCAGUGAUCAAAGCCUACUGAUUGUGCAGCGCACCAGGCUAAAGACCAAAGGUGACAGAUCAUUUGCUGCUGUGGCCCCCAGACUCUGGAACUCUCUCCCCCUGAGCCUGAGAUCAGUGGACUCAGUGGUCUCCUUUAAAAAGCAGCUGAAGACUCCCUUGUUCAAGCUGGCUUUUGUAUGACCUUCUUCACCACUCUCUCUUUAUUCUGCAUUCCCCACCUAUUCUACCUUCCUCAGGAUCCACUGAUUUCCCUCUUUCCUAGUCACUCUCUCUCUUUCUUAACAUGUUUUAAUCACAAUUGUCAAUUAGUUUCUCAUUUUAAAUAUAUUUUUAACCAUUUUCUAAAUUAUUUUUUAUGUUUUUACAUUUUUCGUUUUUGUGAAGUGCCUCGUGGUUUUUAUCUUGAGAGGCGCUAUAGAAAUUUUCUUCUUCUUCUUCUUCUUCUUCUUCUUCUUCUACUGAACUGUUAAAGCCUUAUGCUCCAACCUAAGCCCUCAGGUCCGCACACCAGAACUUUCUAGAAGUUCCAAAGACCAGAUAUAAAAUUCGAGGGGAUCGUUCCUUCCAGACUGUUGCACCCCGACUUUGGAAUGAGCUUCCUUCAUCCUUGCGCAGCAUUGACAGUCUGAACACUGUUAAAAAACAGCUAAAGACUAUUUUAUUUAAAGCUGAUUUAACCUAAACAUUUUUUGUCUUAUUUUUAACUCAAAUUUGUAAAAAUCUUUCAUCUGUUUAUGAAAUUUUAUAAUUGUAUGACUUUAUUUUUUCUGAUGUGAAUCUAUUUCUGUUUUGAGAUCAUUAUGAUUUUACGACUGUUUUAUUUUGUUUUGAUCUAUGUGAGACACUUUGUGAUUCUAUGUCUGUGAUAAGUGCUAUAUAAAUAAAAUUUACUUACUUACUUACUUUAUAGAGAGAAAAUGCAUUACUAACCAACACACACCCCUUAGCGUGAGAUUCAGCUGCUGUUGGAGACAAAAUAAAUAUGGCACUUGUCCUGUUAUUAACUUCAAUUAAAGUAGUUGUCAUUUUGCACAGACAAUGUUUAAAAUGUAUGUAUGAUAGGAGACAUGUGGCGUUACUAACCUAAAAUGUUUCGUUUUUCUUAUUUAAUGACAGGGGGCCUUAUAAGUAGUAUACAUACACCGGGCUCUAGCUGUAGCAUAAGGUCAGCAACACAGAGCAGAACAAGUGCUUUUCAACAUUGGCCAGCUGAAGGGGAUUGGGGAAUGCUCAACCUUCUCACGGAGUUUUCCAAACAUCUGAAAGAGACCCUGAGACAGACUCACCAAUGGAGUUCUUUAUUGUUUUGGGUCUUGCAACUUUGGUAUCACAUUGGAGGAAAUCAAAAUAUCUAUGUUCCUCCUGUAUCUGUUACCUGCAUAAAUGGAUGGAAAUUGGUGGACGGAAAAAACACAAAGAACCCCAGUUGAUCAAAUAUUGGUGCACAAUGCUGUUUGAUUAAAUAGUCAUGUUUGCUUGCCAUGUUAGCAAAGCUUUCCAUUAGCUAUGUUUAUCCAAAGGCCAACUCAGCCCAUUAGAAACCAGCGGCAUAACCACAAACCUCUAAUACAACAUUCAAUGUCUUUUAUUAUAAAUUGUAUUUAUUGUUGAAAAGCCUGGCUUGCUCAGGGAAUGAGUGUUUCUUUCAUUAGCUAUAACCUCUGUGGCAAUGAUUGAAAUAUCCUGCAGCUUAGAGAGAACAAAGGCUACAACACAAACUCAUGUUGAUUACUUCUAGUUAGUUUCUUUCAACGAAUCUAAGAGUUUUACAAGGAUUUAUGUUGCUAUGAACAGAUGAAUUGCUUUGCAUCCAUAACCUUGUUGCCGCUGCAACCUCAUGAAGCAACUUAAAAACUUAGAAAUGAAAAAAGACGCUAGACCAAACAUAAUUUUAUGCAAAAUCACAUCCAGCGUUAAAGCUGGCAAGGGGGAAGAGGGGCUUUUGUGCGAUAGUAUUUAAAAACAUGAAUAAUCAGAGGAUUGUUUUUUUAAAAAAAGUCUUCCCUCCUUUUGGGAUAUUGACAAUGUUGCAUUGGGUUUCACACAGUAAACGUGCUGCAGACAUGAAUGAAGAGCAGAACACAGCUCCUUCCUCACUUUAUGGUGAGAAGUGGGUGUGAAUGUCAGAUUGUCAGUUUCAGACAGUCACAGAAAAUGAGUGAAACAGACACCUUCUGUCCAACAAAGGGAAGAUGUUGUAGGAGGGGGAUUUUCUGAAACUAGCUAACCAUCUGUACAAUGUAUAAGUUGUCUAAAGAGUUUUACGUACUAAGAUGAUAUUUAUAUUCUAUACAUAUUUUAGGGUUAUUUGCUAAAUUUAAAGGAAGUUUGUGGCAUUCGUUCUAGCAAAAUUACAACUAUGUCCGCCACUGCUGGUCUGGAUUUAAACGGUACCCGUGUAAUUACGCUGAAUAUUACAUGUCAUCCCAUGAAAAGCAUGUCAGGAAUCACCUUGUGAUUAUAAACGAAUACCGUUCAUUUGAAUGUCUUCAUGUCCCUCCUUUCUUACCCUCUUUCUCCUUUUAAAUCCUCAUAUCCUUUAAUCCCCUCUUAUCUCUGAUAAACGCAUCACUCCUUGCAUGCUUUCUUUUAAUGGCUGUGUCUGCUUAGCAUGGUGCCACUAAAUUAUACCAUCAAUCUGUUGGAUUAUUACCACAAUAUUCAAUCAUCCUCUUUGGUUAGUUGUUCAUGACUCCAGUCAUGAACUGAGCAUCUUAACUACCGUGGGACCAACACUAUAUGUUUUUCUCCCAAACAUUGACAGUCUAGUACAUUGCACGAGUGUGUUGUGGAUUUAAAGGUAUUGCGGAGGAUGUUUCUGAGUUUCAGGAAAGAACCACCCUCUCCAAGUUUUGAAAGGAUGCACACUCUGUUUACAAGUAUUGUAAUAUAUUAUCUUCUAGCAGUAAUCUAAAAGGAAUUACACCAAAUAACAUGCCGAACUGUAGCUUAAUUUCGAGAAGAAAACUGACGACAGAGGCGUUUGUGGGGAGCCCUACCUUCGCUUUCAGCGCACGCCAUCAUUGAAAAGAGUCUAAUAAAAAACGUUGAUCUUAUUACUCACUUCGGAAGCCUUUCUGUUAUUAUUGUAGACUUCAAAGAAACUUUUUCUCUUGCAACUCUUAGCCAUUUUCAAAAGAAAAUUGACAUGGUGAAAACGGCAAAGAAUGAAGGCAUAUCAUUAAACACAUAGGCAGAACACUCUUGCGUAGGAAAUGAAAACUACCCAACAACAACGGCUUUGAUGACGGCCUUGUGUGAAUGGUUCACCAGAAUGAUUGACAGUUAUGCAAACCAAACAUUCAGAUGAUACACCCAGAAGAAAAAGAUUCUCCGCUAUACCUUUAAAGAGCAAGUAACGUCUAAAUUAACUUUUUUUGCUGAUGAACUGUAUAAAUGAGUGUCUAAUAGUGUUUUAAAUGUGUAUAUUCAUUAUUUUAGCAUUUUGGUGCAUUUUCCUUAAAAAUUUAAAAUUCUGCCUAAAUACCACAGUAUAGCGCCACCUUCAGCUUUAAACAUAGAGUUUGAGUCAUUUUGAAUACACUUUAGCCAUUUGCUAAAGAGAAAUAUACUACGUAAACCAGUAGAGUACUACGUAGCAGCUCUGUGUCAAAGUUAUAAAAGCAUCGAGAGUUUCGGCCACGCCUUGUGGCGAGUUGGGAGUUGGAUUUGCAAGCGAGUGUAGGACGGUUAGAGGUAGUUCAGCAUUAGCAUUAGCAUAUCCUAAUCUUUAGCAUAGCUUUUAGUGUGAUACAUACUUAUUUACUGUUAGCUUGGCUGUUGGAUAUUGUAGUUUAGUUAGUGUUUGGCUGUUAGUGUAAUUAGGAAAGUAGUUCGAGUUUAGUGCUCCAUAUCGUGUUAGUAUGGUGAGAAGGUGUAGUAUAGUGGGUUCGGUUGCUCUGUGGGGUUGCACUCCUUUCCGCUGGACUUAGAAAUUAGGCGCCAGCGGUUGCGCGCAAUCGGUGUCUGGAAAACAGUCAGCUCCCGCCUGGUGCUGUAGUUUGCAACCAGCGUUUUACCCGUGAUUCCUUCGCCAACAUGACGAAGUUUGAACUGGGUUAUUCUGCACGUCGUUUGAAGAGGCCGUGCCCACCGUGGCUCUUCCACGAUUUAGAUGCAGCCCACCGACUCUGCUCCCCCACCACGGCGGGCUCCAGUCUGAGGUGAGUAAGCUAAAUAAAAGUUUUAACAUCUUCUAAAGACAAUACCCUACCUAAAUGCAAAGUUUGAGAGAUGUGAUUCACUUCAUUUAGCGAAUAGUCUGCACUGCCUACGGGCUGAUUUGUCAAGUUCAAAAAAUGUGGAACGGGAUGUAAGGUUAGAAUCAGCGGCGAAUCGGAACAUAUCUCGAAGCCCUGGCCGAUGAAACGGUCCACAUGACUGUUAGUGUCAGGCUCAGAGAAAAUUCGGGUUGUUUUUGUGUCAUUCGGUAAUUCUGCAACAGUGACUCUAACGCAGCACUAGUUGACAGACAGCAUUACAGUGUGAAAUCCAGCUUUACACCACAGCGUGACCCGGUUCUGUGAGGAAUUCUGUUCAGGUCGCAUUUCAGGCUCUCCACAUCAUACGUGACUGACUUUUACGUUAUAAUAAUGAUCACACACUAGGAAUGUUAUAAAGCACCUAUAUCUGACAGUUUCUUUUGUAUAUUAUCUGACUUUAUAAACUCCAACAACAAUGUGCUUCUAUUUUUUUUUCAGGCUAAAUCUACCCAAGACGUUGGCUGUCAGACUGAUUUAGUAGUCUGCAAGAAUGCACUUGUCCAGGCUGACGUGAAGCCUUACCAGCGUAGCAAAGCCACCGAGUAGAGCUCACAGCCUCAGAGAGCAUGGCGGAAAUUCAUCUUCCAGAAAGUCCCAGAGCAGCGUCCACACCCCUGAAAAGACCAAGAUGUGAGGUGUCUGCUGUUGAUUCCAGCUUCCACCUCAGUGACAGUGCAAGCUCAGUGAACUGUUCAAGGUAAAAAAAUUAAAACAUUUCUGAAUUUUUAAGAUAUUAACAAUUACAUAAACGUAUGUGAUUACAUCAUGACAUCAUGAAGGAGGCUACUGAUUCUGCCCCUGUGACACUUGGUGGUGACGUGUGAGCUGAUUCACCUGGUAAAUAACUUUUACAUUAAAUAUUUUGUUCUUUGCUAUCAAAAGUAAAUUAACUAAUAACCUGCAUUAUUGCAGGACACUCAGCAAAAUAUGGACUCUACACCAUGAGGCAGGCACACGUUAAUAAUCUAUAAGAGCA